AUGGCGGGAAGAGGAAAUGCAAAGACUAUCGCGAAUGAGCGCGCAGCCCGAAUUAAAGCUACCAAACAGCGCGUCUUCAUCUCCGGUCUAAAGGGCGACCACACACUCGAAACAGGCGUCGCGUACCACUACCGAGGCCACUUCAUCUACGCCUAUCCCGUCGGUAACCCGAUCGAGCCAGUGCCCUUCUCGACCAAAAAGGGCAUCAACAUCGUAGGGGUCGUCACAGAUCAAGCACCGCUCUACGAUUCAAAGAAACCGGAUCUCGUCCUUGAAAGCACUGUUGCUGCUUUGCAGAGGUCUUGUGUUCACGAGUGGGAAUGGCAGAAGGAGCAGGAGGAGAUCAAGAAGCAAGAGACGAAGAAGGCGCUGGAAGAGGAGAAAGCUGGGGAGAAGAAGAAGGAAAGCAAGGUCGAGACUGAGACUGUAAAAGGUAGCGCAAAGGACAUUGAUGCUGCUGUAACCCCCAAGGCAAGCGCGGUAGAUCCGUUACCCAGUCAGGCUCCUUCACGUGUCCCAUCCUUCACGACACUGCUAGUACCCUCGCAAGUAUCUUCAAACCUCGGCUCACGAUCCACUUCUCGCUCUCGGCCAACACCACCUCACCGUACCUCAUCCUCCUCAACCAACGUCCCACGCAUCGGCACGGUCGAAGCUCCUCCCACCACCAGCGACUGUCCACAAAGCUUCUUCCCAGCAACAAGCUACACACCGCACGACCGCGGCCACUACCUCGCCUACUCCGCCCCCGGCUCCCGCAACGCCUCGGUAGACAACACACCCUUCGUCUCACGCCCCGUAUCGCCAACCCACCAGCACGGUCUCAGCAUCCGCAACGGCCAAAACCAUACCUCUCUCCGACCCAUAGCGAGCACCUCGCGUCUGAACCAACUUCUAGCCCAAGAAGGAAUCCGGCGAUCAUUGAGCCCCCUCGCAGAUGUUGCCGAAGCUGGAACUGGAACUGCGCCUCACCACGCUCCACAAUGGCAAGAAGAAGAUAUGGUAGCCAACCUCUCCGUCUCCCAGGGCUGGAUGGAUCCCUCCGACAUUUCCGCUUUCGUAGAAACUGUUUCUCGUCGGCCUACUCCUUCGCCAUCUCGACUCUCGUCACGCUCGCACACACCGAAUAGGUUUCGCAGCUGUAGUCCACGAGGUACCUCACCUGAUGAGGGUGGUGGAAGUGGUUUGUAUCUCCAUGGCCUGGGUCAUCCGGAUGUGAUUCGCGAGUCCAGGGCUCAGACUAGGGAGAAUAGUCCGUUCCGUGCACCAGACUAUCGGUCGAAAGAGAGUGCGGUGUAUUUGAGGGGUUUGGCGCAGAGGGAUUAUGAGACGGGUGAUACGGGGUAUGAGUUGAAUGCUCCUGCUAGACAGGAGGGUGGUAAACAUCCUGCGAGCAGUCUUCAGUCAUCGAGGGCGCAGACUCCUGUCGGUCUGAGGGGAGGCUCAGGCCAUGCGCCGUCGCAGCAGCGCGAUACCAACCCCGCAUUCACCUUCCCACCGGCCCGUGCACCAGAUACAUCUUCUUUCCCCGCGUUCAUGGACCCUGUUCCAUCUCCCAGCUACAUCGUCCAGGCCGAUAAGAAACCGCUAAACACCGGUCGUCCGCGCGCCGCUUCAAAAGCUCUAAACGAAGCUUACAACGCCGCGAACCCAUCUUCAACACCUCGACCUGUCUUCUCGUUUCCCUCGCCUGACGAGCAGACGGAGGGCAACGACACCGGUGUCAAUGCCGAUCGUGGUGCUGAUACCGAGAACACAGUCUUCACCGCCCGUUGUCCAAUCCACUCCGAGUCCUGCAACGGUCAGGACGUAGUGCACACAUACAUAACGGAGCGUGCACGAAACGGCGCUGGGUUCAAGGACUUGUUCCCGACGAUCGAGUGUGAGGAUGGGAGGGUGAUGGUGGAUUGGGCGAGGAUGAAGGAUGAGGAGAUGGAGAAGCUGAGGGCGUGA